AUGUUCCGUCGCUGCUUUCCGAUCUUUAACCCCUACGAUGUCGUGGUCGUUGGCGGUGGCCCCGGUGGUUACGUGGCAGCCAUCAAAGCAGCUCAACUCGGCCUUAAGACGGCAUGCGUGGAGAAGCGUGGGGCCCUCGGUGGCACGUGCCUAAACGUUGGCUGCAUUCCCUCGAAAGCACUUCUUCACGCCACACACAUGUAUCAUGAUGCACAUGCCAACUUUGAACGUUACGGCCUGAUGGGUGGUGCAGGUGUCACGAUGGAUGUGGCCAAAAUGCAGCAACAAAAGGAGAAAUCCGUGAAUGGUCUCACCAGCGGUGUCGAAUACCUCUUGAAGAAGAAUAAGGUGACAUACUACAAGGGUGAGGCCGGAUUCGUCACUCCUAAUACACUUAACGUGAAGGGAAUCGACGGAAAAGAUGAGGCCAUCGAGGCGAAGAACACCAUCAUUGCCACCGGUAGUGAGCCGACGGCUCUUCCAUUCCUUCCCUUUGAUGAGAAGGUUGUGCUCUCCUCCACUGGUGCCCUCGCGCUUCAGCAGGUGCCGAAGAAGAUGGUAGUCAUUGGUGGUGGUGUUAUCGGCCUUGAGCUCGGGAGCGUGUGGGCGCGCCUCGGAUCCGAUGUCACGGUUGUGGAGUUUGCACCUCGUUGUGCCCCAACCCUUGACAGCGACGUCACCGACGCCCUCGUUGGUGCACUCAAGAGGAACGAGAAGAUGAAGUUCAUGACCGGCACGAAAGUCGUAAAUGGAACAAACAACGGCGAUAGCGUGACUCUUGAGGUGGAACAAGCUGGCGGCAAGCGCGAGACGCUCCACUGCGAUGCACUGCUCGUGUCUGUGGGGCGGCGUCCGUAUACCGCAGGUCUUGGAUUGGAAAAAAUUAACGUUUCCCUCAAUGAGCGCGGUUUCGUAAAGAUUGGGAACCACUUUGAAACCAAUGUGAAAGGUGUGUAUGCUAUUGGUGAUGUGGUGGACAAGGGCCCGAUGCUCGCCCAUAAGGCUGAGGAUGAAGGUGUUGCGUGCGCUGAGAUCCUCGCUGGUCGCCCGGGCCACGUCAACUAUGAUGUCAUUCCUGGUGUCAUUUACACGAUGCCAGAGGUAGCGAGCGUUGGCAAAACUGAGGAGGAGCUGAAGAAGGCAGGUGUGGCAUAUAAGGUGGGAAAGUUCCCCUUUAAUGCCAACAGCCGCGCGAAGGCCGUUGCCACGGAGGACGGCUUCGUCAAGGUGUUAACUGACAAGGCCACGGACCGUAUCCUUGGCGUCCACAUCGUUUGUUCCGCCGCCGGUGAACUCAUUGCGGAGGCCUGCCUUGCGAUGGAGUAUGGCGCCAGUUCGGAGGAUGUUGGCCGCACCUGCCACGCCCACCCAACCAUGUCCGAGGCGGUGAAGGAGGCCUGCAUGGCGUGCUUUGCCAAAACAAUCAACUUCUAA